UUCCCCCUAAAAACCAACGGCAUACUCCACUCUGUAAUGUUGUAAACUUGACCUGUCCUCUUCCCUAUCAAUCUCUUACUAGCUUACCUAUUUUUAGAUUUUCCAACCCUUAUCGGCACUAAAUUUUCUUUCGAAAUCUCGUGAGAAAAUCUUCAAGAAUCCAAGCUAUGUAAUACCCAAUUUUUACUUUUCUCUCAAUUCCUACUUUUGAUUAAAUAAAAGAUGAAAAUCUUGUUUACUCUUUAGUUUGUGUAGUCCUCUUGAUGCCCAUUUGAGUUAUUUCCCUUCCAUUUUUUUCUGGUUUUGUCACCAUAUGUGACAAUUGCAGUCUUGAUUCUGAAUUGCUUUAAGCCCAUUUCAGCUUUGGGAAUCAGAAAGGUUACUGCACUACACAAGAAAAUGGUGGUGAAGAUGAUGUGGUGGCCACCUCGGCCUCCUGUAUCAUCAAGAAAAUUUGAGGUCAAAGCAGCAAUUCAGAAACUGCAAGGCCUCAAUAUGGUACAAUUUGAUACAGAAAAUGAUGAUGUGAGCAAGAAGAGGAAAGUGGUAGUUGAGAUAAAGUGGAAGGGUCAAAAGAGAAUUGUUUUGGGACCAUUGAGGCGCCCUGUGCAGAGGAAUUUUACAGAGCAAGGUGUUUUUCUUGGCGAUGGGGUGUUUCAAUGGAACGAGGAGUUUAAAACCGUCUGUAAUUUUUCUGGAAACAAGGAGGGUUUGUUUCUUCCUUGGGAGGUUCAGUUUACUGUUUUCGGUAGCUUAAACCAGGAACCAAGGAAUGGAGUCUUUGUUGGAACUGCUACAUUGAAUCUUGCAGAAUAUGCUUCAACAGCUACUGGUAAAGAGCUUAAAAUCAAUGUUCCUUUAACGGUUUCCAGCAGGACCAGUGAGAGUACUCCAUUGCUUUUUUUAGCUCUCAGGUUUAUGGAACUGGGACCAAAUAAAGAACCUCUUAAGGUAGUUCCCAGAUCAAUACGACCUGUUUCACCAUUACCCUAUCCUGAAGAUGAUCCAUCACAACAAAAAUAUGAGUCUGCUGGUCUUAAAGCAGGUCUGAGAAAAGUGAGAAUCUUCAGAAGGACAAAGAGAGCUUGUCAUGAAGAAGAGGGCAACGAGGGUAAGAGCUGUGUCAAAAGUGAAGAUGAAAAUAACUAUGCAUUUGAUACAUAUUCGCUCGAUGAUGAUGCUGAGGCUGAAGUAGAGGGAAAUGAUGUCAAUUCUAGUUCUCGGUUGUCAUUCAACUAUGAAACACUGGCACAUGCAAACUUCACUGGAAGAUCAUUCUUCUCGAGUACAAUAUUUGAUUCCAAAGAUGAGAGUUGGAUAUACUAUAACAAUGGUGAACCAGACAUGACAUCUUCUUUCUUUGGACAUUCAAGUGCAUCAGACUAUAAACAGUCAUUGAGGCAGAGUUCAAAGCACCGAAUCUUACCUUGGAGGAAUGGGAAACUGAACUUUAGAACUUCUAAACCUAAAGUUAAAGGGGAGCCGCUUCUGAAGAAAGAUUAUAGAGAAGAUGGAGGUGAUGACAUAGAUUUUGAUCGUAGACAACUUAGCUCAUCUGAUGAGUCGAGUUUUGGGUGGAAUAAAUCAGAAGAAAGUUCUACUACUAGUCGAUCAUCAUUCUCUGAAUUUGGAGAUGACCAUUUUGCUGUAGGCAGCUGGGAGCAGAAAGAAGUAAUAAGCCGCGAUGGACACAUGAAGCUUCAAACGCAGGUCUUUUUUGGUUCAAUUGAUCAAAGAAGCGAGCGUGCAGCAGGAGAGAGUGCUUGCACAGCCCUCGUUGCUAUCAUUGCUGAUUGGCUGCAAUCUAAUCAAUAUGAAAUGCCAACCAAGUCCGAAUUUGACAGCCUCAUCAGAGAUGGUUCAUUAGAGUGGAGAAAUUUGUGUGAGAAAGAGGACUAUAGACAACAGUUUCCUGAUAAGCAUUUUGAUCUCGAAACAAUCCUUCAUGCCAAGGUUCGUCCUAUCUCAGUUGUAGCAGAGAAGUCUUUCAUCGGAUUCUUCAAACCAGAAGGGCUAGAUUUUGAUUUCCUUGGUGGUGCAAUGACCUUUGACAGUAUCUGGGAGGAGAUUAGCCAUGACAGUUCAGACUUGUCUCAUAAUAGUGACCCUUUGGUGUACAUAGUAAGUUGGAAUGAUCAUUUCUUCGUGCUCAAGGUUGAGCAAGAUGCAUACUAUAUCAUCGAUACAUUGGGAGAGAGACUUUAUGAGGGAUGCAAUCAGGCCUAUUUCCUAAAAUUUAACAAAGAUACAUCAAUCCAACGGCUACCAACAAAGAAUAAAGCAAUAGAAAAAAAGACUGCGAUUGAAAAGGUGCAACCGAGCAACUCCUUGGAAAAAGGUUCAGCUGAAGAGAAUCCACAUUUGACCCCAGAGGAGACAGGAAGGGCUGAAGUGGAACUGAGCCAGAAUGAGGUUGUUGGAAAGAUUGACAAGGAAGAGGAGAUUCUGUGCAAAGGGAAGGAGUCAUGCAAAGAGUAUAUUAAGAGCUUCUUAGCUGCCAUUCCCAUAAGAGAAUUGCAAGCUGAUAUGAAUAAAGGUUUAAUACCAUCAACACCUAUUCAUCACAGGCUUCAAAUUGAGUUCCACUAUACCCAGCUGACAAAGUCUGCAGUUGAACACUCAUCAAAAGAUGCAUCAUCUCCUAUAUAAUAAUGUGAUAAAAAUCCUUAUAGUUGUGAUUAUUCUAAUCCUCUCACCUCAUUUUUGUUGUUGUACAAUAACAUUGAUGAUGUUUUUAUGAAAUUAUUUUAAUUUUUUUGGCA